GUGGCGAGCUAAGUCAGGGGGGCAGGUGGAGCCCGGGGCAGCCUCUCUGGACUGGACUCUGCGGGCCGCUCCAGGAUGCCCGAGGGUCCGGGGGCGCCGCCCUCUCCCCGGGCGGCCCGGAGCACCCCGGACAGAGGGCCGUCGGAGCCCGCGCUCUGCCCGCAGCCUCGGACCCUAGCCCCCGGCUCCCAGGGGCUCCCGGGGUCCUCGGGGUCCCCAGGCUCGCGGCGGGGCGCCCCCGGCGGUGUCCCGCAGAAGCUGGCCGAGGCGCGCAGCAGCCAGUACGGGCUGAACGUGUUCGUGGCGGGGCUGCUGCUGCUGCUGGCCUGGGCCGUGCACGCCGCGGGCGUGGGCAAGAGCCUCCUGCUGGGCGCGCUGACGGCGCUCAUGCUGCUGCAGCUGCUGUGGAUGCUGUGGUCCGUGGGCCGCGCCGCCCGCCGCCGCGCCCGCCCCAAGGACACGCACGCCGGCGCGCGCUGGCUCCGCGGCAGCAUCACCUUGUUUGCCGUCAUCACCGUCGUCCUCGGAUGCCUCAAAAUCGGCUACUUCGUCGGGUUUUCUGCCUGCUUGUCCGCCACUGAGGGCGUGUUCCCCGUCACCCACGCGGUACACACGCUGGUACAGGUGUACUUUCUCUGGGGACACGCCAAGGACAUCAUCCAGUCUUUCAAAACCCUGGAAAGGUUCGGGGUGAUCCACUCGGUGUUUACCAACCUGCUCCUGUGGGCCAACAGCGUCCUGAACGAGUCGAAGCACCAGCUGAACGAGCACAAGGAGCGGCUCAUUACCCUGGGUUUCGGCAACAUCACCAUCGAGCUGGAUGACCACACGCCGCCCUGCAACUGCUCCCCACCGGCCCUCUGUGCCGCCAUCUCCCACGGCAUCUACUACCUCUACCCUUUCAACAUCGAGUACCAGAUCCUGGCGUCCACCAUGCUCUACGUGCUGUGGAAGAACAUCGGGCGCAGCAUGGACGGCCCGCAGCACCGCAAGAUGCGGUUCCGGUUCCGGGGGGUGGCGGCGGGCUCGGGCCUGGGCCUGGCGGUGCUGGCGGCCACCAUCGGGGUGGUGGCCGUGUACCUGGUCCGCAUCGGCCGCUCCAAGACCAAGAGCGAGUCCGCACUCAUCCUCUUCUACCUGUACGCCAGCGCCCUGCUGGCGCUCAUGGGGGCCGCGGGGCUGGCCGGCCUCCGGCUCUACCGGCUGGACGGGCCGUCGCCCGACGAGUCCAGGAACCCGGCCCGCAAGCUGGACGCCGACCUCCUGGUGGGCACGGCCUCGGGCUCCUGGCUCCUGUCCUGGGGCUCGCUCCUGGCCAUCCUCUGCGCCGAGGCCCGGCCCGCCUACACCUGGUACAACCUGCCCUACUCCGUCCUGGUCAUCGCUGAGAAGUACGUCCAGAACCUGUUCAUCAUCGAGGCCGCGCACCGGGCGCCCGGCCCGCCCCGCGAGGACGCCGGGGCCCUGGGGGUGGCCGUGGUCUGCAACGGCGGCCACGCACCCCUGGCUCCUUCCCGCCUCAAGAGUGACGCCGCGGCUCGGGACCUGGGCAGCCGGAGGCCCCCUGCAGCCAUCGGAAGUCUGUGCCUGAGGGAAGUCAGUGGCCCAGGGGACGCGCAGCCGAACUGGGCAGGGGCCCGGGCCCCCCGCCUCGUGCAGGGCCGCCCCCAGAGGAGCCUCCUGAGGAACAUCGCAGCCUUCCUGUUCCUCUGCAACAUCUCGCUGUGGAUCCCUCCCGCCUUCGGCUGCCGGCCCGAGUACGACAAUGGCCUGGAGGAAAUCGUCUUUGGCUUCGAGCCCUGGAUCAUCGUGGUCAACCUGGCCAUGCCCUUCUCCAUUUUCUACCGGAUGCACGCAGCUGCCUCCCUCUUCGAGGUCUAUUGUAAGAUCUAGUGUGCAUGCACAUGAAAGGCAGGCGCUCCCCGGAGCCACCUGGGCGGCCAGGCUGGGCAAACAUCGCCUCAGAUGCCAGGCUGCCUUUUGUCCGCCCGGGUUGUGCCCCGUGGGCCGGACGGUGCAUCUUCCCGGGAGAAUGUCAACAAGUGAGGCCAGAAUCGAUGAGGCGGCUGAAACCCGUCCCUGUCUGCAUUCUAGUCAAAGCCCAUUUCAUCUCCUUCCAAACGGGGCCUCUGUUUUUGAAGAAUGGGAUCCUCGGUUGGGAAACUGUUUAUCCCGUUUGUUUUUCAUAAAAACCACCUCGUGUUUGCAAUUCAUCAUGUGACUGCAUUUAGCUUCUCAAUACUGUCUGCGUCGGCGAGUCACCCCAUAAACGGCGCCCUCCCUGGAGCUGGCGAAUGUCGAUACGAUCACAUUUAGUCUGUAUUGUACUGUCUGCCUGUGCUUAAUUUUUUAACAAAGUUAUUUCUAUGGUUUGGAUGGAAAUUUGUGCGUUGAUCCAUCUAAAGAUACAUUUCUUACCUGAGCCUUUUUCGUUUGUGAUCAUUUUGAAGUUUUUUAAAAAUGUGGACUUUUCUGUGUUCUCUCUCAC